AUGGCCAGCAAGGAUGGUGGGCAGGCAUUUGCCCCGGUCCUGGCGGCCGUCGCGACCAUGCAAGGGAAUGUGCCUAGGUCCGAAAAGACCCAGGCCCAUGAAUUCCUUGAGAAGUUCCAGAAGUCGGUCGAGGCCUGGACAACUACGCAUGCUCUAUUACAAUCUUCCGAUGUCCCCGUGGAAGCUAAACUGUUCGCGGCGACUACAUUGAAGGGAAAGAUCAUCUUCGAUUUGGACCAAUUGCCUCCAGACUCUAUAGUGGCGCUUCGCGAUUCCGUCCUCAACCUACUCGUUGCAUUUGCCUCGGGCCCGCGACCCAUUCAGACUCAGCUAUGCGUGUGUUUGGCAAGUUUGGCGAUUCAGAUGCUGGCCUGGAAGGAUGUUUUGGCCACGGUGGGGUCGGUUUUGGGUAGUACUGCGGGGGACUGUGUGCUCGAAUUUUUGAAGAUCUUGCCCGAGGAGGUGACAGAGGGUCGCAAGAUUAACCUUGGGGAGGACGAGUUGAUCGAACGGACAAAGGAGCUACUGGAGGACAAUGCGGAACAGGUUAUGCAGCUGAUGAUUCAGUAUUCUCAAUCAUCGCCUACCGCCGCCACCAACCCUCGCCUCCUCGAUUGCAUUACCUCAUGGCUUCGCGAAAUCCCGGCCGCUCAGGUCAUCGAUUCACCAUUGAUGGACGUGAUUCUCAAGGCAUUGGAUAAUGAUGUCUCCUUCGAUGCCGGUGUCGACUGCAUGUGUACUCUCUACCGCGACACCAAGGACGUCCACGAGUCCCUCCCUAUCAUUCAAGCCCUCUACCCCCGCCUGAUGGCUCUCCGACCCAAGAUUGCCGAGACCGCCGAAGCUGAAGAUUUGGAAGCGUUCAAGGGAAUUACACGGAUGUUCGCCGAAGCCGGUGAAGCUUGGGUUGUGCUCAUUGCGCGCAUGCCUGGUGAAUUCCGUGGUCUGGUCGAGGCUAUUCUCGAGUGCUGUGCGCGGGAUUGGGAACGUGAGGCUGUCUCAAUCACCUUCAUCUUCUGGUACGAAUUGAAGCAGUCGAUCACCAUUGAACGAUACAACGAUGCGCGCCUCAACUAUCAAGACGUCUGGUCACAGUUGAUGGACAUCAUGGUCAAACAUCUUGAAUUCCCCUCCCCCGAAGAAGGCGAGACUGAUUUGUUUGGUGGUGACCGCGAGCAAGAAGAAAAGUUCCGCCAGUUCCGUCACGCCAUGGGCGACGUUCUCAAAGAUUGCUGCUCUGUGAUUGGCGUGACCGAAUGUCUCGGCAAGAUCUAUCAAUUGAUUCAGCAGUGGGUGGGCAAAUACGCCUCGCAAGCGACCAACGAGCACGUCCCACACUGGCAAGAGCUGGAGGCACCCCUCUUUGGUCUUCGGGCCAUGGGUCGCAUGGUUGACCCUGUGGAGAACACCGUGUUGGGUCAGUUGAUUCCUUUGAUUGUGCAGAUUCCCGAGCAGGAGAAGAUUCGAUUCCAAGCCAUCAUGGCUCUCGCCCGUUACACGGAGUGGACAUCGAUGCACCCUGAGACUCUUGAAGCCCAACUCAACUAUGUGAUCUCUGGCUUCCAGCAUCCAUCUGCAGAGGUUGUGCAAGCGGCCGCCCUGGCCUUCAAGUUCCUGGGAACUGAUUGCCAAAAGCUGCUGGGUGGUCACAUUAGCCAGCUCCACUCCUUCUUUGAGUCUGUCCUGGACAAGCUCAAGCCGGCCAGCCAGGAAGAAGUUACCGAAGGUGUUGCGGCCGUGGUGUCGGUCCAGCCCUUGGAAAAGAUUUACGACUCGAUGAAAAUGUUCUGUGAUCCGAUCAUGCAACGAAUCAUGACCCUUGCCAAUAAUGCCCAGGACGAAGAGGGACAGCGGGCAGUGGCCGAUCACCUCGGACUGAUCUCUAUCUUUGUCCAGGUGGUGACUCCCAUCGUUGCCCCCGGAGAGGAGAACCCCGCUGUGAAGUACUGCGGUGAGAUUCUCCCUAUCAUGACUACGAUCGUUAUGAAUUUCACGUCUUCCACCCCUAUCCUUGAGCGUGUUUGCCGUUGCUGGCGAAACAUGAUCAUCUCAUACCGAACUGCCAUGAUUCCUCUGCUGCCUACCUUGGCCGAAAGCAUUGCCAAUGGUUUCCAAGCCUCUCGCGAGGGUGGUUUCCUAUGGGCCACUGAUGCGGUAGUUCGCGAGUUCUCUCAUGGCGCGGAAUACGUUGAUGAGGCGACCAGUAACGCCGUUUUCCAUUUCUACGAACAACAAGCCACUGCUUUCCUCCGAAUUAUGAAUGACCUUCCUCCGGAGAACCUUCCCGAUGUGAUCGAGGAUUUCUUCCGUCUAUCUUCCGAUGCCGUUCGGUACUACCCCAAGAAGUGCAUUUCCUCGGAAUUGGCCAUUCCCAUCUUCUCCGCAGCUCUUAGUGCCCUCACUUUGCAACAGGUUGACCCUCUCAUCGCUACCCUUCACUACUACCGCGACCUGUUCAGCUUUGCUUUUGAAAAGCCCUUGGUUUCAGAGUUCACAAGCCCGGAUGAGGAACCCUAUAUCAACCCACCCGAGGUGCGCGAGGCCGUUAAGAACUUGAUCGCCUCCCAGGGUCAAGUCCUGUCCCAGCGUGUGCUUGCCGGCAUGAUCUUCACCUUCCCCGGUGAUUGCUUCCCGGAUGCUUCCGCCAUCAUGAUGACCAUGUUCGAGUUGCUUCCUCACGAGACUGGUGCUUGGCUCCAGAAUACUUUGCAGAUGCUGCCAGCGGGUUCAAUGAAGCCUGCUGAGGCUGAGCGGUUGUUGAAGAGCAUUGCCGAGAAGGUGCAGUCUGGUGAAAUCCGGAAGAUUCGUGUUUUGCUGCAGGACUUCACCAACUCUUACCGCCGCCGCAAUGUGGCCCCCCGUGAUGGUCUGGGCCGGUUGGAGGCCACCCGAUUCCGAUUCAGCGGGUGA